GCGGACAGAGUUGCAGUCGGGACACCGCUUAACUUUUUCAACACUCCACAAAGUGUCCGACGUUCUGCCAUGCUGGGACUGUAACGCAUUUCGGAUCGCUAGGUCUGUUUCGAUUCGCCCCUGAGUCAUGGCUCCGUUUGGAAAAAACUUCCUGAAAGCUCGGCUGAAAAACAGGACAAAAGAUGCCGAGCCUGUGGUUGGAAAAGAGAUUCAGGUUACUGUCUGCAAUGAGGAGAAAGUUGUUUGUGGGGUAACAAAACACACAACAUGUGCAGAUAUGAUUCAGGCAUUACUAGAUGAUCACAAGUCAGUCCCAGAGAGCAAGCGACUCCUGCAUGGGGAAACCAAAGAUUUCUGUCUUGUUGAGCGGUGGAAGGGUUUUGAGAGAGCCUUGCCUCCUCUCACCAGAAUCCUGAGACUCUGGUAUGCUUGGGGUGACCAGAGACCCUUCAUUCAGUUUAUUCUAGUCAAAACCAGUGAUUUUGUGAGUCAGCCUGCCAAAAAGGGUGGAAAAGCCAAGGGGGCCAAGCCAAAGCGAUGGGAUCACAGUCGCACUCAGUACACCCAGUCUGUGCCGGUGGAGAGGCAAAAGCGCAUGGUGAAGAAAGCUUUCCGGAAGCUGGAAAAGCUUCACAAGGAGAGCAAGAGCUCCCCAGGUUCUGACGAGAUCGAUAGGAUGGUGCAGCUUAUUCUCAACCAGGACCACACUAUCAGAGAGCAAAUCCAACGCAUGAGGGACCUGGAUCUGGAGAUCGAGCAGUUUGAUCUGCAAGAGCAGAAGGAAGCUGAGUCUGAGAGUCCACUGGCUCAGGCUUGCGGUCAAAGUUUGGAGAUGCACAGCAACGAGCAGCUGCAGGAAUACCUGUAUACCAGCGAUGGAGUCGAACAGCUUGAACUGCAGGUUCAGAGGCACCAGGAGCUCAUCCUCCAGCUGUCCCAGGAUAUUGAUGCUGAGCUGAGGCGGGCCAACUUCCCUCUCAGCAAAUAUGAGAACAGUGAACAGGAAGGAGCCACUGCUGCUUCCUGGAUUCCCUUGGAGACGGACAAAUCGUUCUAUACUUCUGAACUCGAGAGGUUGCAGGAGGAACUGAAGCACAGCCUCUUUACUGGUUUGUCCCUGCACAAUCAAGGUGCAGAAAUAGACAAGCAGUUGAAGUACUAUGAUGCUACGCUGGUCUCCAAAGAUCAGGAGUGCUGGCAGCUGGCUGCCCACCUGAGCUCACUGCAAAUUGGGGAUGGAGGAGAAGAGGAGCAGUCCAAUCCUGUCCCGCUGAAAAGUGAGACCCAGUGCAGCAUCUCACAGACAGUGAAACUCAAACACAGCCUGUCCCCUCUAGACAUUACAGACACAGACUCAGACACUGGGAUUAGCUCCACACACAGUCAAGACUCUCUGUCACCAUGUCUCGACUUCCCUCCCCCACUGGACACAGAUGUUUGAACAACCCCGUUGACCCUGCAAUUUAAUGUUCUGUAUGCGCUAGCCCUAGUCUGUGCCUGUCAUGUGUCUUAUCACUACAUUUAGCAAGUCUUUGCUAAGCAUCAGCUUUUCUGAAAGAUAAAUCCCUUGCAAUCUUUUAUGCAGCGUGAAAGUCAUUUAACUAAACAAAUCAAAACAAUCAGUUGAUCAUCAGCCAUUAUUUUUUCAGUCAUUCUUCACACAAAAAUGCCAAACAUUUUUUUGUUUCAGCUUUUCAAAUGUAAGGUUUUGCUUUGUAUGAUAAAUGUCUGGGUUUUAGACUAUUGGUCAACAAAAAAAGCACUGUGAGGAUGUUUCCUUGGCCUUCUCGCAGUUCCCAUUAUAAUAAAAUGAUUGUGGAUAAUGGAAAUUACAUUAUAUUUACUAAUAUUUUGUAGAAAGAAAAAUAUUUUUUUUAAGUAUUUCCUUAACAGAAAAAGAUUUUAUCUUAAAGGAAGCACCUCCUGUCUCAAUUUGUACAUUUACCAAAAUUAAAAGAAUAUAUCAUCAGAAAUAUUUAUCAAUUUACAUAUCUACAAUGAUUUUUUAAAAUAGGUUUAAAAAAAUUGUUUUGCUCAAUGAACAAGAUUUUUUUUUAAUCCAGAUGAACAGUAAUCUUCUUGUUUCUGAAAUACCUUCAAAACUAGUUGCAAGUGUUUUUAAAUAACCUUUUGGGUUUCUCAAAGGAAGUGGAUGCUCAAAUGUAAUGAUAAUAUAUGCAAAGCACAAAACUAGAGACAUGCACCAAUUACAGUCCAUCACUGUUUAUGACAGCUGGGUUUCCUGAUUUUUCAAGUGUACAUUUUUGCCCACAAAGAAGCAAAGAAUAUUUUCUUAGCACAACCAUGUCUAAGGUGUAGGCUGAGUUUCUUAAAAGUGUUUUGUUUUGUUUUAUUUUUUAAUAAUGGUGAAUGUAUGCUUCUUCCCCGUCUUAAGGUUCUCGAGCUAUUUAUGAAGCUGCACUUCUUUGUAUACACACUUAUAAGUCUAUUAACAAUGUUUUAUGUUAAAACAAAUAGCUAACUGUGAUGGAUGUAGAAUUUAAGAUUUGUUAAAAAUGUAACAUUCCUCCUGACUACACUGUAAAUAUUCUGCUGUAACCACUGUAAAUGAUUGUUCUUAUGACACAGGCACAAUUUGUAAAGACAAUUUGAUAUGAAAAAAAAACAGAGAGAAAAACAUAUUUAUUUAUCAUGUAAUUGUAUUUUACAGUGAGAUUUUAUUAUGACUGUUUCCCCUUUGAGGCUCAUCCUCCACUGAUCUCAUCAAACAUAUCAUAUUCAGGGCCAAAGUAACACAAAUAGCCUGGCUAUAUCUGUGUAAACCAUUCUUAAAAACAAAACCUAUGAUAAAGUAAAAUGUGCAUUACAAUUUUCAUAAUAAACACUAAUACUGUUAAUGUCACAGAGUAAUGACUCCAUUGUUGAGUGUGUUGGAGCCAGGUAUGUCUUCCAAAUUGGUAAAUACGGCUUUGCAACAGUGCUACUGUUCUAGAAGGUGUUAAUGCUAAAACCACAAGGAAGAAACAACUUGAGGUGCAAAGUAACUUGACUUUUAUAGAUUCCUCAAAGCUCUGAGUCACCAGAGAGAAAUGACACAGCUAGUACAGAGCCCCCUUCCAGUCACUGCAGCAUAUAAUCAGACUAGAUGGUCGCCAGGCAAGCACAAACAACAGCGAGCACUCUCCUCUUGUCAAGGUACUGCUGACAGACUAACACUUUGUACUCGGGGCAGAGUGGGGCUGGCUGCUGGAAAAGCAGAGGAUAUCUAUUUCACACACUAAUUGCUUAACCCCAGCACCCCCCUCCUGCACCGCUUCAAGCCACUAAGUAACUCCACCAAGCAUGAAAGGCCCGAGAUCUUACAUUGUGAACAAUCUUGCACCGGUGCCUCACACUUGUUGAUGGAAUGGAGGUUUAUUACGGUACUUAUAGCUUGUUCUGUUUCACCAACAGGCAAGCAACAAACUGGAAUGAAAGGGCAUUUUGUGGUAUUUAUAUUCUAAUGCAAAUCAGACCUUUCUUGAGAGUUGGUUUAAUUGUUACGGGAAGGAAUGUUGAAUAACUGAGUCUGUUAUUCAACCAAAAGCCAGGUGGACGCAGAGGGUUUCUAUUUAUUUUAUUAUUUCCAGCCUGAUUAAAAAAAAAGGUUGAAUAGAAGUUUUUAAUAUUGUUUUUUGUGUUUAAACAUUAUUCUUUUAUAAACCUUUUAUCUUUAAAAACACCUCAAGGACCCCUUAGAUUCACUGCAUGUAGAGGAGACAAACUCUGUUCACCUCAUUAUUUUAUUGACAGACAUGUUGAGGCACCUCAAAUGGCAGUAAAUAAUGAAAAGAACUGAUUUUGGCUCUGGUCGUUUUAAGAGUAAGGUCCUCCCUGUUCUUUUUCUUAUAUUAGUGGUUGUUAAGAUGGCUGAGGCACCAAAGAAGCUGAACAAAGCACAGGGUGUAUAUUUCCAAUCCUUGGCAGAUUGUAAAAGCCUCAGAAACAGUGCCGAGAGAGGACAAUAAAAUUCUCCACCAUUCAGUAUUACAGUCUUUGGAAUAGUCUGGGUCUUCAAAUAAAAAAACAUUUUGUCCACAGAUUGUUUUUUUUAAACAUACUUUGCCCCCAAAAUAAUUUAUAGGAUUCGCAGCCAGUAAAAUCAUUUUUUAAUUAUUUUUUUUUAUAUAUAACAAAAACAGAGGGGAAGCUGGUGCUUCCUUUCUGCAGUGUGACUUCACUUCCUAGUCUGUAGGCUCAGGUAAUGUUUACCUCUUCUCUCUGCCACAGAUCAGCAAUUCAAAGACUUGCCAGCUCGCAAGUAUGUUUGCUGACAACAAUAAUUACACGGACCAAAAUGACAAUUAGGCUGACUGCAAACCUGUCUUUGUUCAGCCCUCCCAGUUACGAUGACUGGCCAGCUUGAAUAAACCAUAAUUUGUUAUCAGCUGUGGUUCCAAUGCUGAAGAUGAAAAGCUGAAACUGGAAGAUAUUUUGAACUAUUUCUCUGGGUAAAUACAUAUACUGACUGAACACAGUAUAUGAAACAUUACAUUGCUUCCCCUAAAAGAGAUCUUACGUUGUGUUAUUUUCUCAACCUUUACCGUACCCUUAUCUUUUUGCACAGACCUUUCUAGGAAGUAGCAAGAUAAGAGUCAGGAAGGUAUGACGUGAGAUAUUUUGUCUGACC